AUGUCCGUCGAGGAAGGCACCCAUGCCUUGGCUGAUGGCAAGCAGCUAUAUACGAAGACAUUCAAGACGGACGGUCAAGUCAACACGUACGGCGACUUCUUCCCCCAUCUAGCGUCUAGAGGCAUUGAAGUUUAUACGUUCGACCAGAGAGGAUGGGGCCGAUCUGUAGCAAAACACGCCGAGCGAGGAGACACGGGCCCGACUACCCAGGUGCUGGACGACAUUACCUCCUUCAUCAAGACAUUGAUCCCGAGCCCUGUCCCGCUCUUCAUGAUGGGGCAUUCCAUGGGUGGCGGUGAAACGCUCUGCUAUGCCGCACAGGGUCCGGAGGAGGUGCUCAAGCACAUUCGCGGCUUCCUCUUGGAGUCGCCCUUUAUCGACUUUGACCCCAAGUCCAAGCCAUCACCCAUCACGGUCUUCUUCGGUAGGGUCGCUGGAAAGCUCAUGGCAAAGCGUCAGUUGACCAACAAACUGGAUCCAAAACUCAUCUCGCGAGACCCGGAGGUCUGCAAGCGGUUCGAUGAAGACGAGCUCUGCCACGAUACCGGCACACUCGAGGGGCUCGCGGGAUUGCUCGAUCGAACCAAUGCUUUGUCCAGUGGGAAGAUCAUCAUACCUGACAAUGUCGGAGAGGGUGGCGUGACGAGGAUCUGGAUUGCUCACGGCGAGCAAGAUGGUAUCACUAGUUACCAUGCGUCGAAACGCCUGUUCGAUGCCUUGCAAGUCAAGGACAAGGAGUUCAAAUCGUACGCCGGACACUUUCAUCGCUUACACGACGAGCCUAGUCCUGAUAAAGAUGUAUUCCGGGACGACGUCGUAAACUGGGUACUGGCUCGCGUGACGGACCCUGUGGGUGACGAUAGUGCGAAGCCAAGGCUAUGA